AUGAGAAGUUUAGACUCAGGGACUGACCAACAGCAGGAGCUGAAGAGCUCUAAAGAACAGUUGGCCCCACCGUCAGUGACUUCUAUGGAGGCACUCGCUAAAGAAGAUAUUGAUGAAGCUGUCCAAUCCAUAUUACAUAGAGAAAAGUAUGCCAUUAAGGAGCUAGAUAAAUACUUGCAACAUCAUGAUUUUUUAAAUGAAAGAAAAAAAGAGCUAUUACAUAGAAGAUGGGUUGAUCAUGUGGCAUGUCCUCUCCAAAAGAAAAUUAUGCAGAAAGUUUCUUCACAUAAGAAGAUUAUAAAAAGAAGACAGGAGGAAUUAGAGAACUUUAUAAACUAUGUAAAUAAAAAGGGAGUCGCAUUUAGAGAGCAUUAUGAUCCAAAGGAGUAUGAUCCUUUUCAUAGGAACAAAGUGGACCCCACAUUUCUGAAGGUUACCAUGCCACCAUUACACGAUCCUUUGAAAAAGGCACAGUUUGACAGAGAUGAUGGAAAAAGAACUCUCCUUCAGUGUGAGACAGGAAAAAGAUAUUCAAUGAAAGAAUUUAAAGAGAUUGAGGAGGCCAUGCUACUUUCCAAGUUCCCAAAACUUUCCAUGCCAAGGCAUUCACUGACUCCUAAAGACUGGUUUAAAGUAUCUGAAUGCUACAUAGAGAGUGAGCUUUGUCAGAAGAGCAGGUAA